CAUCGUUCGUAAUCCCACCACGGACAAGUUUCCACACUAGUAUAUAAACUCCCCCUCCUCCACCUUCAUCGUUCACACUCCUCCUCUCCUCCGCUCUCCAGAGCCCCAGAAAAGCUCCCUAACGAUCGAAUCCUUCCUCUGAUUUUCCUUCGCCGUCGUCUUCUUCUCCUUCUUCGCCAGGCCGACAAUGCAGAGCAGGACCGGCGACGUCGAGAGCGGCCCCCCUGCCCCCGCUGGGGACGCGUCGUGCCCCGGCAUGCUCGAGAGCCCGCAGCUGCGCUGGGCUUUCGUGCGUAAGGUGUACGCGAUCCUCCUGUCGCAGCUCCUCCUCACGGCCGGGGUCGCCGCCGCCGUCGCCCUAGUGAAGCCCGUGUCGCGCUUCAUCGCCGAGACCUGGCCGGGGUCCAUGGUAGUCCUGGUCCUCGUCGUCCUCGUUUUCAUACUUAUGCGCGCGUUGAGCUCCCACCACAAGAGAUAUCCGGUGAACUUCGUCCUCCUGGGGCUGUACACUGUCACAUUGGCGUUCAUGGUGGGUCUCGCUUGCGCUUUUAUGGAAGAAAAGAUCAUCUUGGAAUCGGCGAUCUUGACGAGCGUCGCCAUCGUCGCGCUUACUUGCUACACCUUCUGGGCUGUAAAGAGAGGCCGCGAUUUCAGUUUUCUCGCACCCUUUUUGUUCGCUUCCCUCCUAGUAUUACUCGUUUUCACUCUUAUUCAGAUCUUCUUUCCUCUGGGGAAGUUAUCCACGAUGAUACAUGGCUGCCUGGGAGCGAUCGUGUUCGCCGCCUACAUCGUAUAUGACACCGGCAACCUGAUCAAGCGCCUCAGCUACGACGAGUACAUAUGGGCUGCGGUUGCGUUGUAUCUUGACGUUCUCAACCUCUUCCUCAGCUUUAUCAAUAUUUUCGGGUCGGCCGAUUGCUAAGGAAGGCCGUUCGGCAUGCCCUUGCCCGAACAUCAUGAUUUUGUCUUAGUUGAAGAUACUGAGGGAGC